AUGGCUGGAAGGAAUGAUGCCGCAAUUACUGCUGCUUUGGAGGCGAUGGCUCAGGCUAUGGAGAAUCAGCCGAACACUGAUGAGAAUGCUGCAUCCAAGAGUUUGGCGAAUUUCCAGAGGGAGAAUCCGCCUGUCUUCAAGGGAACUUACGAUCUUGAUGGCGCGUUGACUUGGUUGAAGGAGAUUGAGAAAAUCUUCCGCGUGAUGGAUUGCACUCCAGCGCAGAAGUGGCUAGAGACUCGUCAGAGAUUGGAGACUGCAGGUGAGGGGACCACUUGGGUCAUAUUUCGUAGGGAGUUCAGGAGGAAGUAUUAUCCUAAAGAUGUUCUAGAAAAGAAGGAAAUUGAAUUUCUCGAGCUGAAGCAGGGGAAUAAGUCGGUCGUUGAGUAUGCUGCGAAGUUUUUUGAGUUGACUAAGUUUUACCUGCACUAUAGCGAGGCGACUGCUCAUUUUUCGAUGUGCAUCCAGUUUGAGAAUGGAUUGCGCUCUGCGGUCAAGAAGGCAGUUGGUUACCAGAAGAUUUGA